CUUUUUUUCGCGGUCUACCGAGAGAUUCGAAAAGACUCGCGAAACAGGCACGAAUCUCGCCCUCAACGCAGUAUUACGUCCAUCUUCGGACCGCGAGCUAGAGUCUCUAGCUAGGAUACAUACAUACAUACAUACAUAUCCCCGGAUUGUAGUAGGCGAACUGCAGCGUGUGGAAAGUGUACGUGCGUGUGCAGAUACGAGUCUCUCUAGAACCUUCCAUUUCCGGAAAGAGAAUCUCUCCAGACCUCGUCAUUGCGAUAUGAGUCCACGAACGAUGACGACCUUGCCCGCCUUGGACACCGCCGUACCGCAACGAUCGUCGCCGAUUACCACACAAUCGGAUUCGGGCAUGCACCAAGCUACCGAGACGGAAUACGGGACCACCGCUGUGGCCGGACGUCUAUCGGACGGCAACGGGCAAGCGGAACUCUCCACACCGCGCCUCCGACUCAGUGCGUCCAAACGCCAUCAGUCGGCGCCACACGCUCCACUAGGAGCACGAUUCACCGCCAGUAACAGCAGCGACAAUUUCCUUGACAACGACAAAUACCGAACCAGUGGACACACCGCGACUAGAUAUCCACGUAGGAUUCGGCGAUCGCCCUUGGAACAACACUUUCGGGUGGACAAGGACAAUCGGGCAAUUCUACCCGGAGUACCCAUCUAUGAUCCCGACUGGAACCGAGAUGUGCACGAUUUCUUCAAUCUAGUGGUCCUCGUACCAGUGGUUGCCUUGAAUAUCAUUAAUUGGAACUGGGAUACGGUGUGGACCGUGUUUACGAUGAAUACCAAAUUGACGAUUGCCAACGCAUGGACCGGAGAGUAUUUUGAUCUCUUUCUCCUCGUCACGGUCUUUUACUUCGCGAUCGACUUGCUAUGGAUCCUGGCGUUUCCCAACUGCGUCAAGAGCCCCGCUACCAUCCUGCAACACCACGUUGCGACACUCCUGUAUUUGAUCAUUCCCUACCGACACGCCUCGUACCAAUGGUGCAUGGGAGCAUGCAUGCUGGUCGAGUGCAAUACAUGGUUUCUCAUUGCCCGAAGAGUCUUUAACAAACAAGGUUUCCCGCCGUGGAUUAUAGAUUUGAGCUUUGUCUCGAUACGUGUCAAGCUCAUUUCCAUCUUCUUUUACACCACCUGGGUUGCCAUUCGCGUCGUCCUCUACCCCUACCUACUCCCGCUAUUUUACCAAGUGUGGUUGGACCAUUCCGCCAAGGUUGGUACCAAAAUGAAUCUCGUAUUUUGGUGCGUGCCGCUACAUUCCGUGUUUUGCUUGCUCAACCUCAAAUGGUCCUACGAUUUGCUCAUGUCCAAAAUACGCUAUUGGAGACGACUCGGGAAAGACGGUGUCUACCGCAACGGUGCGGUUGCGAGUGGACUGUGA